AUGCCCACCUACGCUCUGCUAGGAGCUACAGGCUCGACCGGAUCAGCAAUUCUACGAUGCUUAUUGUCAAAGCCGCCAGAGCAUCUCACGCUCAAUGUCUUCGUGCGCUCGAGAUCUAAAUUAGAAGAAGCAUUCCCUGAUCUGACGAGCACGACUGCUAUCACAAUCAAUAUCAUUGAAGGUACAACAGAUGAUGUCCCUGCGAUGCGAGAAUGUUUGAAGGACGUCGAGGUAGUGAUGGCAUGCAUUGGGUCAAACUCCAGCACGCCGAAGAUGUCCCUCAUAUAUGACACUGCCGUUGCCAUCAUUGACGCACUUGAGGCCCAUCGCAACACUCAGGUUUCUGCUUACAAGCCUCCUACAGUAAUACAACUCCGAUCUGCCUCGUUGAACACCGUCUUCAAGGCCGCUCAUCCAUGGGUGACCCGCAAUGUCGCAGGAUUUUGCUUCUAUUACGCCUACGACGAUCUGACUCGAGCCUGCAAACUUUUGGCUUCAUCUGCAGCAGAAUCUUCAAGACUGCUGGACUACAUCUUUGUGGAUCCACCUUCCAUCCACGAUGCCGAUGGCACGGUACCGACAGGACACAAGUUGAUCCUGGAGGGAAAGCAGGAACAGGUAUUGAGUUACGCGGACCUCGGUGCAGCCUUCUGUGAAGUGGCUGAACGUCGAGACGAGUUCUCAGGUCAAGGAGUUGGUGUCACGGCCACUGGUGCUGUAAAUGAAACCUGGGGAGUACUAGUUGGGUAUAUGCUCACAGGUGCGAAGUCGAGGAUAUGGGGAUAA